AUGGAGGAGGGCGAAGAAUUCGCGCGGCAAAUUUCCCUGUGGGGAACGACGCACCAGGAGAUCCUGAUGGGCAGCUCCGUGUGCCUGCUCGGGAGCAGCCUCACCUCCAUGGAAGUUGCAAAGGGGUUGAUGCUGAGCGGCAUAAGGGACAUCACCAUUGUAGAUAACACAUGUGUAACCACGGAGGAUGAAAAAUUUUACAUCUUCUCCAAAGGGGAUGAAAUAUUAAAUGAGUACAAAUGCAAAGUGGUGAGAGAAAAUAUAUUGCGAAUGAAUCAGCUAGCCAAAAUUACAUGUCUAGUUGAGGACCCCCUGAACUACAUGAACGAGGUGAACCCAAAUGGAGAUGCGUACGAUGUGAUUAUCUGUAACUUGUCUGUAAAGAGCAAUUUGUCCGUUGAAAAGAUUUGUAGGCGGAAAUGCAAAAUGGUAAUAACGUGCUACGCUGAAGGGUACUUAGGUUACGUACAUGUGAGUGUGGGAGACCACUUGUAUGUGCAGACUUGUGGCAAGAGAAGGAGAGAGGAAUCCGAGUGGGGGGUUUAUACUAACCUGUCGCUGUCUCUCUAUGACGAGCUGAAGGAAUACGUGCGCCGGGUGGAUUACGGCGCCAUUCGCGGCCGCGGGUGGAGGGACAAAAUUGUCUUUUUGGCCAAGUGCUACGGGGACUUUCGCGCAGGGGGGGGAGGGAGCGGCAUCCACUGUGACAGUAGUAUCCGUCUGGGUAGUGGCAUCCAUCGGGAUAGUGGCAACCACUGCGACCGCCCCUUUCUAACCUUCCUGGCUGAAAAGCUAAAGCUAAAGGAUGCCCCCCGCUUCCCCCCCCCGGACGAAACAACGUGCAAGAUGCUCAGCCCAAGGAGCGUCACGCACAGGAUUAAGGAGGCCCUGCUUGGAAAGCGAACAGAAGGCCACCCUCACAACCACAUUUUUAUAUUCCUCGUCGUUUUAAAGAGCUUUAUAAAAGAUCGAAAGGGGUUACCCCUCCUGAUGGACCUGAACAAUGAGCACCCUGAUGGUGGGGGGGCCACCACUUGCCUAGACAAAAUUUUGCUAAACAGAAAAGUGAGAGACGGAAAACAAAUUGAGGGACUCAUCGAGAGGAAGAAGCGAAAAUAUGGAUUUAGAAAAACAUUUGCAAUGUCCCACUUUGUCUAUUUUUUUUGGAACUUUCUUUUCAUUCGGAGGGCGGAGCGGAGUGGCAGCUCACAGGGUGACUGCUUGCGGGAGCACUUCCUAGAGUUUGCCUUUAUGUACGGUUUGGGAUUGAAGCCCAUUCGAGAAGGCUACCCGAGCGUGCGCGGGCGGGGAGGAGCCCCCCUCCCACUGUGCUGCCCUCAUUUAAAACAGAAGGCGAGGGGGGAAUUACUCCUGUGUGGCAGACAUAUGAACCUCCUACAUUUUGGCGAAAGAGCCCCAAAUGGGCAAAUUAAAAAGGAACUAAAUAAGCGUGUUGAUUUGUGCGCGCCGCGUGGUGAGAGGGACCCACACAUGGAUGGGGACGACAAUGCGAAGGAGCUGCGCUUUUUACUCUCCUGUGUAGAUACACACAGGAAUGUUUUGCUGAAUACGGUGAGGAAAGUGGAGAGCGAAUUCAACCGGUUUGCCUGCAGCGUGGGGAGGUACGGCGCGUGUGCGCAGAUGGUCAUUGCGGGCUUGGUUACGCAGGAGGGGGUUAAAAUGUGCUCGCUGUACUUGGAGCCGCAGUCGAGUUAUUUCUUCUUCACGUCGGGGAGGCGGCGCGGCGGCGCAGGUUAG